UCGUUGCGGAGUUCGGUAUUCGAAAUGCCAUCGGGUUGAUAUCCUUCGAGGGCCGGUUUCUCAUCACCACCACCACCGCCACCCGUUUUGUCUGGUCCAGAGUUCUUUGAUAAGCGGCAGUAGAAGACCAGAAGCGGUCGAAGAAGAUGAAGCAGAAACUCGAAUGGAUUCGCCGUGGAGUAAGUGAGCGAGAGGAGUGAUGGUUUGCAGUUGUGGGUCUCGUUCUGGUGCCCGUUCGUUUGCAUCCGGAAGGAGCUUUUUCCAGGAAGGAUCCUGAGUACGACUCUGCUAGUAAUAUUUUUUGGGCGGAUGGAUGCUGUACCGUGUGGUGAGUGUUGGAGUGCCAAGACGUGUGCCAAUAAGAAGAAAAUUGUCUAAGGACAAACCACGGGUGAAAAGCAAAAGUGAAAAACACGAGGAAAGCGCCAAAAUUCUCCCGUCUAUGAACUGCGGAUUCCGUUCCGGUGUGCUUUCGACUUUGGGUGGAAGGUUGCAGUCGGGAAGAGAAAGUGUGUUUGUGCCAGUUUCUGUGGAAAAUUUGGAGACGUUGUGGGUGGAUUCGAGGAAGAUUUUUCGUCGUCUGCGUGCUUGUGAAUGAAACUGCAUCGAAAUGCAUUGCACUUCUUGGGCUGCAGUUUUGUGUUGAGGUAGACAAGACCACGGGCGGACGCUGGACCAAGACUAACUGGAAGCGGAGGGUGUGGGAGCAAGUUUUCCCCAAACUUACCCAGCUGGAUCGGAAGAAAGUUCACUGUGCACGGAUAAUCGUGUGAUAUUUUGUACGUAUAUUGAGUGUCUAAAUGCGAAACCAAACGUGUUGGAAUGUUGGAAAGGAUGACAGCAUCUGUGAAAAAAUGUGACCACGGCAUCGACGGGGCAAAACGAAGGCUGAUCAAUACCGGAUGUGAGUGAGUGAGAAACGAGAGAAAGAGAAAUUAGCUGUCGAUGCUGUGUAUAUUGCGAAAUCGCAUUCGGUCCAGCACUGACAAAUUGGCCAGUGUCAACGGUAGCAACAGCAGUGGCGGCUGUGAAACGGGAAAUUUUAUACCGUACAACAGCAUAUAAAUUAUUGAUUGAACUUCGAUCACACGGGCGCCACAUGAGAAGAUAGAACUGAGUGUUGUGCGUUGUAUUGCAGUGCCGUUAGUGAAUGAGUGUGAAAUCGGAUUUGUUUUCAACGGUAGAAUGGAUGGGCGAUUUCUUUUUGACAUGUGAUCAGUGCCAAGAAAUAAAAGAUACAAGAUACUGGUGAAGCGUGAAUAAAUAAUCCAAAAUUUUCAAACUUAGGAUGCAGAAAUUAAGGAUAAACGAAAUGAUGGUUGUGAUGAUAUUGUUGAUGCUGUUGGCGAAAUUCGGUACUACACACGCAUUCGACUCACACCUGCGGGGGCCUUCGUUCGUGAUGGAACCGCCACCGCGGUUAGAAUUUUCCAACUCAUCCGGCGGUUGGCUGGACUGUUCCGCCUCCGGAAGCCCACAGCCAACGAUCGACUGGCUUUCGGUGGAUGGAACAUCCGUCGGCGACGUCGGUGGAGUGAGGCGGGUGCUCCGGAAUGGCACCUUGGUUCUGUUGCCCUUUCCUGCCGCAGCCUAUCGGCAGGAUAUCCAUAGUACAAUCUAUCGAUGCGUAGCGUCGAAUACCGUUGGACGGGUUAUUUCCCGGGAUGUGCAAGUGCGAGCAGUGGUUGCUCAAGCGUACAAAGUCGACGUCGAAGUGCUGGCAGCAUCCCGAGGCUGUACCGCGAUUCUGCGUUGUGUAGUGCCUAAUUUUGUUAAGGAGCUAGUACGGGUGGUGUCUUGGGUGCAGGAACCAGCCUUUUACAUUUAUCCCUCGCUGCAGGGUGACGGUAAAUAUCACCUGCUACCCACUGGCGAGCUUCUAAUUCACAAUCUAGAGUAUAAUGAUCGGUAUCCCUCGUACCGGUGUCGGACGAUGCACAAACUGACGCGGCAGGUCGUCACCAGUAGCUCCGCAAAAAUUCGGAUGAGCGAGCAACGAGGAAUCGUUUCCCCGAGUGUAGUAGAGCACACGUCACACGUUUCUGUGUCACAGGACGAAGGUGCCGUUCUUCUCUGUGUGGCGCAAGGCUGUCCAUCGCCUGAAUAUCGAUGGUACACCCACAAUGGCCCGGAACCGGUACCCGUUUCGUCCGGACCACGGAUACGAUUGCUUGGUCCAGUGCUGGCCAUCGAGGCGGUUACCAGCGAAGACGGCGGCGUGUACAAAUGUUCUGCAUCGAAUGCCGGCGGUGAAGCGAGUGCCGAUUUGCGGCUCACUGUUUCCGCGCCGAUUCAUGUUGAGAUAUCCCCAAACGUGCUAAGUGUUCACAUGGGCGGAACGGCCGAGUUCCGAUGUCUGGUAACGACGAAUGGAUUGACUGCAGGUCCGCAGCAUAUCACCUGGUUCAAGGACGGCCGUCAGUUGCCCAGUUCAGGACGUGUCGGCGACACACUGCAAGUGACCGGAGUGACCCGCGAGGACAAGGGCAUGUAUCAGUGCGUGGUCCGACGGCAGGAGGGAGAUUCCUUUCAGGCGUCCGCCGAACUGCAAUUGGGAGACGCUCCUCCAUCGCUGGUGUACAGCUUCAUCGAACAGACGCUGCAACCGGGACCGGCCGUGUCACUGAAAUGUUCCGCCCAAGGUAAUCCGACGCCGCAGAUCUCGUGGACGCUAGAUGGAUUUCCGCUACCAACCAAUGGAAGGUUCAUGAUUGGCCAGUACGUUACGGUACACGGGGAUGUAAUAUCUCACGUGAACAUCAGCCACGUCAUGGUCGAAGAUGGCGGAGAGUACUCGUGCAUCGCGGAGAACCGUGCCGGCAAGACUUCUCAUUCAGCUCGGUUAAAUAUUUACGGUCUUCCGUACAUUCGUCUGAUACCCAAGGUAACUGCGGUAGCUGGACAAACGCUGUAUCUAAAAUGUCCGGUUGCUGGUUAUCCGAUUGAGGAGAUCCAUUGGGAACGAGGAGGCCGCGAGUUGCCGGAAGACAUGCGACAGAAGGUUCAAUCCGAUGGUACACUCGAAAUCAAAGAAGUACAGAAGUCACUGGAUUCCGGCGUAUACACGUGCUGGGCACGAAACAAGCAGGGACACAGCGCCCGACGGAGUGGCGAAGUCACUGUUAUAGUUCCUCCCAAUAUCGAGCCGUUUUCCUUUCAAGACGGUUUAGCUGAGGGCAUGCGAACGCGUACGGUGUGCGGCGUAUCCAAGGGCGAUCCCCCACUCUCUCUAAAGUGGCUCAAAGAUGGUGAACCACUGUCCUCACUGCUCGGGGCCAAUGUAUCCACUCUCGAUCAGUAUUCAUCCCUCCUCAAUAUCCCCUCCCUGUCAGCGGCACACUCCGGUGAUUACACGUGCGUCGCCAGCAAUCCAGCGGCCGAGGUGAAGUUCACUGCGUCGUUACAGGUAAAAGUUCCGCCUCGUUGGAUUGUUGAACCGACUGACGUGAGUGUGGAACGGAACCGCCACAUUACGCUUCACUGCCAGGCCCAGGGAGUUCCCAUACCAACGAUUCAGUGGAAGAAAGCAACAGGAAGCAAAUCGGGAGACUACGAGGAGGUUAGAGAACGACCCUACACGAAGCUGUUGACUAACGGGUCACUGUUGCUGCAGCACGUGAAGGAGGAUCGAGAAGGAUUCUAUCUCUGUCAGGCUCAUAACGGAAUUGGGACAGGAAUUGGGAAGGUUAUACAAUUAAAAGUCAACUCUUCACCAUAUUUCUCCGGGCAGUCCAAAAUGGUCACGGUGAAGAAAGGUGACACCGCCAUCAUGCAGUGCGAGGUUAAAGGCGAUAAACCAAUCAAUGUAGUCUGGUUACGCAACGGGAAACACGAGCUUAAUCCUUCAACCAACUAUCGUGUGUCUAUAAAGCAAGAUGCCACGCCGGAAGGGAUCCACGCCGAAGUUCAAAUAUCCAGCGUCGAAAGCAGCGACAGUGGUGCUUACUUUUGCCAGGCUAGCAAUUUGUAUGGUCGUGAUCAACAGCUGGUUCAACUACAAGUUCAAGAACCACCACAACCACCCUCAUCAUUGGAAGCAUCAAUGAUUGCUAGCCGAGCGGUAAAUCUAAAGUGGCAACCUCGUGGCGGCGACGCAGCAGAAGUUUCAAAAUACAUCGUAGAAUACAGAGAGAUAGACCGCCAAUGGAUGUAUAUGGAAAUAUCCGACCCACCACAAUACUCAGCAAUGAUCGAGAACUUGAAACCAGCUACCAAUUACGUAUUUAGAGUAAUAGCCGAGGGUCCUGCUGGAAGAAGUUCACCUAGUCAGGAAUUAUUCAUUAAAACGGAACCUCAAAGACCGGCAGGAGCACCCUUGAACCUGUCCGCCAGACCGAUCUCAUCUACCGAAAUCCUCAUCAACUGGAUGCCUCCAACUUACGAGCUUAGACACGGUGAAAUUCAAGGCUACAACAUAGGUUACCGGUCAAUGCACACCAAUUCGAACAGUUACAAUUUCACCUCUAUAUCAGGUGACGGCGAAGACGGCACAGGCGAACUUCUACUGGGAAACCUUGCUAAAUACACACGAUACACAAUAGUUUCCCAAGCGUUCAACCAGGUUGGACCGGGUCCACUAUCAGAACCAGUCACAGCCCAAACCAUGGAAGAUGUUCCCAGCAAACCACCAGAGGAUAUACGGUGUGCAGCGUUGACGUCCACCUCUAUCCAAGUAUCCUGGCAACCGCCACAAGCUCAUCACACGAAUGGAUUGCUUCAAGGUUACAAAGUAUUCUACGAAUCUGCCUCGGAAGACUCAAUCAGCAACGGAGACAUGGAGACCCGAAAAACCACCGCUCUCACCAUCCUUCUAACAAGCCUACGAAAAUUCUCAAACUACAGUGUUCAGGUUCUCGCAUAUACUCGAAUGGGUGACGGAGUCAUGUCCCCUUCUGCUUUCUGUCAUACCGAAGAGGAUGCUCCGGAAGCCCCAUCUGACAUUAAAAUAGCAAUCAGCUCACCAUCGUCACUGUACGUAUCUUGGCUGCCACCGAGUGAACCAAACGGAAUAAUCACCAAGUACAACCUGUACAUGCGAGCUGUUAAUGGCCGAGAAGAACUUAGCAACGAUAAACGUAAUCUACUGCCCCACCAACACUACUUCGAAGCUAAACAACUGCAAAGUCACACCGAGUACCAGUUCUGGGUAUCAGCGUCAACUCGCGUCGGAGAAGGAAAAAGUACUCGCGUUGUAUCGCAGAUGACAUCCAAUCGAGUACCGGCAAAAAUUGUCUCCUUCGGGGGAUUAACAAUCCGUCCGUGGAAAACCUCAGCGUCGCUUAACUGCAUGGCCGUUGGACAACCCCGCCGAGAAUGGUUCAAGGGAGACAUUCUCCUGCGCUCUGGAUCGCAUCACAACGUGCAGAUUCUCGAUUCUGGUGAAAUCAUCAUCACUAUGUUACAGACAACCGACACCGGCAACUACACCUGCCAGGUCGACAACGGUGUUGGAACUGAUCGGCUAACGCACAAUCUACUAGUUCAAGUUCCUCCAGGACCACCGGUCCUGUACGUAACCAGUGCUACCUCCAGCAGCAUACUACUACACUGGAAGAUUGGCACAACAGGGAAUGCCCCGAUAACUGCGUUCUCUUUACACUAUCGACGAGUUCAUGGGAAUUUGGAAGAAAUGCAACUUUCUCGGCACGCAUCGAGUCAUGAACUGAAAGGAUUGUUCUGUGGUAGCACCUACCAGGUAUACUUAGUUGCUCAUAACAAGAUAGGUUCCUCGCCGGCCAGUACCACUUUGAACGUUAAAACACAAGGACAACCACCUGGAAUUCCAAUCGCUUCGGUACUAAUUGCACCGAACUCUACGUCCGUAGUUCUACGGCUCAACGGCUGGCCCGAUAAUGGUUGCCCUAUUCUGUACUUCGUCCUACAGUACCGUUCUAUUUCCAACAAUCUGGAUGAUGAAUGGCAUCUGGUUUCGAAUGCUUUGAAACCACAGCGCAGAUUUACGCUAUCGGGACUGCUUCCUUCUACGCUGUAUCAGCUAAAGAUGGAAGCGCACAACGUGGCUGGAUCGACGAACUCUGAGUAUACUUUUGUGACGCUUACGAAAGAUGGAGACCCACCACCGCCAGAUCUAGUACAAAGAGGACAACGUUCUCAAGUUUUCUACAACAAUAUUCAGCUGCUAAUACCGAUAAUCAUUACUAUUACGGCAUCAAUAAUCUGCAUUGCCUUCACGGUAGUUUGCUACAAAUAUCGUGAGUAUAUUGUUCUGUUCUGUUUUGGUAUCGGCUCUGAGCCGCCUCGUUACUUCCCAGGCCAACGUGGUCGUGAACGGAAGGAUACGAUGGACGGUAACCAACAGAGCACGGAUGCCCAACGUGACCGCUAUUACGCUACUAUUCACAAGGUGGCACUACAAGCAGGCGAUAAAAUUCCAGAAACCUCCGAGGACAUUUCCCCAUACGCCACAUUCCAACUGUCAGAAGCAAGCACUCUUGCGCAGCCUCAUCACAGCGGACCUACCAACACAUUACUGCACUCCUUCAUGUACCACGAACGUGCCAUGACCGAGGGAUGUGCAUCGCCACCCCCUGCAGCGGUACUGAGACAACUUCAUAAUCAGUCGCCUUACUAUAAUAUCAACUCAUCUAAGGGUCGGCGGAGACAUUCGCGUAAAACAGAACCAGAAAGUGAAGAAUCAGACUCCGAUCAAGAUCAACUGACGUCGAGUCGGACCGAGUCGUCGAAUCAACUCGACGCCAAGAUCAAGCAUAGUAAGGAUGAACGGCUACAACGAACUGCCUGUGGAGAUGACGACCUCGUGUAUAACCAGCAUUUCAUGCGUUCUAUUCCAGGUCUUAUCUAUCAUGGCACGCAGUCAAGUACUUCUUCGGACUUGUCGCCGAUGUCUGAACAAAAAUCACUACCUCGUCGUGGUAGAUCAAGGGGAACUAUGAGAUCCUUACUUACACCACUACAUUUACCCGACAAUACACCGGGAGGCGGUGGAGGUCCGCUGUUCCACCAGAUGCCGAUCGAGAGUGGCACGCCGGACCGGCUGGAGCUGUCGGAGGCCGAGUGCGACAUCGACACGAUCAAGAAGCUGAAACUGGGUAUGCGUUCGUCGCUGUGGUCGCGUCCACAGCAGAACAAUAGUACCGUCAACGCCAACAGUGGCCUAGGCGUUGGAGGAGCUGGUGGUGGUAGUGGUGCAGUAGGAGUUGGAGGAGGAGGGAAUGGAGCUCCCGGAGGCCAGGUCCCGGGAGGACACCCGUCAGACUACUCGAUCGCGGUAUAAAGUUGAUCCUAAUAUUUAUAGUAAUGACUGGGUGCAUCUAAAUGCAUUUUUAUUCUUCAGCAAGUUCCAACGGAGGCCACAAAAUGUGUAUUUCUAAUAAAUUAGGUUUAGGGUUCGUCCCUCAGAUUAGCAGAUCUUCGUACAAGACACUAGGGGUAAUAAUCAAAUCUUGAAACUAAUAUUUUCGAAUGUGGAUGACUGGCAGAAGGCAAUGGAUUAUGCUUUCAUGACUCUGUGAGCACAUCUUACUACUGGCACAUUGUGGUCUCAAGAUAUGCGAUGAAGCAUUUUUUAACAUUUAAACAUGGACAUAGUUUGAUAAUUCAUAACCAAAAAGCAUCUAACAUCCUCCAAAACAUCGGUCAGAGUUCCACAAUAAGAUAUUAACAAACCUACUCGCUACAUACAAAGAACGAUUGUGAAUGCAAGUCCAAAGACCAAACUGACAGUAAAUAUGUAUUUGUUUGAUUCAGGACUAUGUCGAAUUCAAUUUCUUUCGUGUAGUGUUUCCAUAUUAUUAACUCUAGAACGUUAUACUUACUUUUUUACCUUAGAACAGUGGUUCUCAGCGUCUUCGUAUCACGGACCCCUUAGAAAUCACUUUGGGUUGCUGCGGACCCCCACGGGUAAACAUUGAUUUUGUAUGCUCCCAAUAUGUUAUUUUCAGAUUGUUAGGAAACAAGACUUGAAAUUUCAAUAUGUACU